AUGACCGCGACCAUCAGCAACAACAGCGACACGAAGGCCAGCAGUCAGCGAUCCAACAACAGCAAUCGGGUCAGCAGCGCCGGCGUUGCAGAAGCAGCAGUCCGCAGCACAAGUUCCAGACUACCCAGCUUAUCCCCCUCACCCUCAUCCUCCUCCUCCUCCUCCUCCUCCUCCUCCUCCUCCGCCGGCACGGCAGCCACCCUCCCCGCCCUCAAACUCUCCACCGCCACCCGCAAGCAGUCCGACCAGCGCGCCCUGCAACUCGCAGGCGUGCGCCUGCGCGACACGUCGCGCCGCGCCGCGGCCAUGGAAAAAGAGCGCGUGGACGUCGCGUCCGAGUUGAAGCAGUUGCGCAAGCGCGAGCGCCGGCUCGACGAAGAGAUCGGCCCGGCGAAGGCGAAGGUCGUCGUGCUGGAGCGCGAGGUGGCGGAGGCGAAGAGGGAUGUGGUGGUGACGAAGGUGGUGGCGGUGCUGCUGGAGCAGGAUGACCCGGUGGGCGUGUUGGAGGAGGUGGUGGGGAGGUUUGGGAGGGCGUUGGUGCCGGUGCCGGUGCCGGUGCCGGUGGUGCGUGGGGAGCGGGGAGGUGGCGAGGGAGGAGGAGAGGUAGUGAGGGUAGAGGCGGUGGAGGCGGGAGUUAAGAGUGAAGGAGAGGAAGGCGUGGAGGAGGUCAAAUUGGAACAGGGCGGUGGAGGAGAGAGGGAGGUGACCGGAGGCGGCGCUGUUGCGUUGAAGUCCAACUCUGAGGUGGCGGAUAAGACUGUGAAACGCGAGCUGAAUAGCGGAACGAACGAGGUUUCGGAGGCGAGUACAGAUGAUGAAGAUGCGGAUGUUGGGCCUGCGGGUUCUUCGGGGGCAAAGGUCGCCUCCUCUUGA